AUGUCUAAAAAGAUAGAAACCACAAAAAGUGUAUUAGAUAUUCAAGUAAGCACGUCUGAUUGUCCCUUCAGAGAAUUUAGAGAUAAUGAACUAUCGACAGACUACUGGGGAUUGGGAUCAAUAGCCUUCAAAACUGCGUUGAGGAUGGGAAAAGGAGGUCCAAAGACACAAUCAGAUCAUGUGUGGGUAGACGACCAAAUACAACCAUUACCAAGAUCUGCAAGAAAACGCCUCCACGGAUGGAUGAGGGCUGAAGACUUGGCUCAAAAUCAAUGGAAAGCUGAUGUCACUGUGUUUGAGGACAACAAUGGCGGGAAGAUGUCUACAGCAGAUAUUCAAUUUGCUCACUACCAAGUGUUGCAAAUGUCUGCUUUCUGUAGGCGAGUGCUAUCGAUGUGUUAUAUGCUUGAAAGAGCGGAGGGUUUUACGGUAGAGCAUCAGUGGGACAAUUUUGUAUUUUACGUGCCACCGGAGGGAUGGCGAGCCCGAUACCACAUAUACUCACCGGGGAUGAAACACGGCGGUGGGCAACAACAUCGACCUGCACUCUCGAAAAAUGGUUGCUAUCUUGUGCGACUGUACUACAUCGGCGCGUGGCGAUGCGUGUGGGUGAGCGAUCAAGUGCCUGUCGAUUCGUCUGGCGCCCCCCUCCUGCCGUUAGCACCGUUCUUCAACCAGGCAUCAACGAAACCCGCCGGUAGACAAUAUAUAACCAAUACGACAGUGCAUUUGUGGCCCCUACUACUUUGUAAGGCUCUGCUAAAGCUGGCCGCACCUGAUAUGAACACUGAUGAUGGUUCAGAUUACAUGGAAGAUGAACCAAUGAAAGAUAUGGACAUACUGCAUGCUCUCACUGGAUCUUUAAACUUGACAUAUUAUAUCGAAGACGCUGAUGAACUAUGGAAACUGAUUACUACAGAAGUGCAACUUUUUACAUGGGAUGAGGACGAUGAAACAUAUUCAAGUAAUGUAAAAUCUAAAACAAAAAAACCUGGCACCAAAGAAAAUUCAGUAAUCAAGCGACGCUCGCUGACUACUGUACUUAUCGAGGAGACAAGAAAUGUGCCACCUUUUACACUGCCCGGAAUAACACCAGCAUUUGAAAUGCAUUUGCUUGUAGUUAUGGCCAGAGACUUGCCAUUAAAGAAACCAUUACCAGAGCCAGAGGUAGCACCGUGGAAACAUCAUCGUUGGAUAGAUUGGGCGCGCAAACAUGGAUUGUAUGAAGAGUACGAUUGUCCGAGAACAAGGUUUUUGAAAAUGAGCGGUUUGCUAAAACUGUCUCUGGCACCGCAUUUAUUGGACGUUCAAAGUACUGAAUCGAUAACAUUCGGUUUUAGAGAAGAACAUGCACGAACAACCCCUGGGAUUAAGAAAACUGGUAAAGAUAAAUAUCCUUCAGUUACAACUAGUGAAACGGUGGCCCAGUUAAGAGAAGAAUUACGCGAAUGGGUUCAAUUCGAUGCAAUUCAGAAACUAAUGAAAAGCAUAAGUACACUUUGUUUUCCAUCAAUGUACCAAUUUUGCUCAAUAGCUAGUAAUCCUCCGAUGAGAAUAACAAAAUUGCCACCAAACAAGGAAAUUGACAUUCCGGCUCCAAAGAACGCACCACUAUAUCUUCAAAUUGACGCCCCAGAAGAAAUGUAUUUAAAAAUUUCCUGUAGCAUGCUCCACCCGAGAGUAUUUUUAAACGCAAAUCAACCGAUAGAGGAGUACGUGGAGCCUGGAUACGUAUUACUGGAAACAUUUCAAUGGUUCACUGAUUGUGAAAUUCCAAAAUCAAAAGCUUACUUGCAGACUCGAGGAUACGAUUCAACAGAGGUUUCAUUUAAGCCAGGAAGACAUUUUUGCAGGUUGUGGAUCCAUUCAAGAGUUCCGUGGUACGUUAUGCUACUAAGCGAAUCAACAAUACAUGUCGGCACCCGUGACGUCAUCCAAAUGGCUUCUAUACGAGUGUGUCCCUGGGCAUCAAGGUUUUUAACCACCCUUGGUACUGCAUUUCAGAAUUUUAUGCGGACCAAUAAAUCGAACUCGUGUCUAACGUCCGCAGACCGAGAGUUUUAUAGGUCUUAUCAGCCAGAUUUGGACUGGAAUCCGAAAGAAGUCGGUUUUAGUAAGAGUCAUAUACAUUGGAUGUUUCGACAAGCACUACAGUCUACGCUUGAGAAAAAACUGCCGCCAUUUGAAUAUCGGUCCAUUUGUACAAUUUUCCAACACUACUUCAAUGAUCCAGAUUUUGGUUUAUCUAAAAAGGAAUUGUCUUCAGUGUCUUCCAAAAAUUUAAUAAUCAACGAUCUUUGUGAUUGUACUUUAUCAGAAGCAGAAGAAAUAGAAAUUUCUAAAAUCCAAUAUAAUGAUGCGGACAUAGACGACAAAACCGUUGAUGACCAACCAACAAUCUGUAAUGCUGCUUCAGAAAAAUUGCCAUGUGGGAUUCUAAAGAGUAUAAGAGAUAAAACAAUAAAACGACACGAAGCGGCGACAUGUAUACAAGCCCACUGGAGAGGAAUCAGGGCGAGGAGAUGUCUAGACACGCGUGUGACUGUCACACCUGAAAUUAUGAAAUAUUUAACGGAAAAUGUAUUUGGAAAUCAAGAAACGUUAACAACGCUAAUGAAUGAAUUUUUCUACAUGUUUCCUGGAGCUAAAAGCGCUUACUCUGUCUCAUCAGCGUUAACCGGCACAUCUGGAUUGAAACAGUAUAACGGCGUCUCGCCUGUGACGCCUCAAUGCACUUGGGUUCCGUACUUCCAAGCAGUGUUCUAUUGCCAUGCCCCAGUGAAAAUUCAUUUUGAUUUACAAAGUAGUAUUGGGAUGAAUAAAGUGAAUUGUACGUUUGAAGUAUACAACAAUGAUACCAAAAAGCAGCUACCGCAAGUCUACACAGCUCAUUUGACAUUUGAUUUUAGUCCAAAUAUUGAUGGAUAUACAGUAAUUGGUCAUGGGAUAUUAAAGCAACCUACGAUUGCCAGCUCUGAAAUCCGUUGGCAAUUGACUAUGAUGUCCAGUGUUGAAAAUGUUUUCCACGUUUGUGAUAAUGAAAUGGAUGGUUGUAAAGAAUUGCCAAUACUAUCGGUUACGAAAUUGCAUUUAGAAGAAAUAUUUAUCCCAAAUCAAAGAAAUAUAUUAGGUGGAAUACAAAUUUAUGUCUUAAAACAUGAGAUAAUAUCUUUUCGAGCGGCAGCCACUUCACCAGAUCUCGAAAUGGAAGCAGUACUUCGAACUACAGAAAAGAGCGGUGAAGUUACAGAGUUGGCAACAUGCUCAGGUACAGGAGAGAUAUACUGGCCAUUCAUCAGGCUAGAGCCGGCAGAAAUGACCCUGCAAUCUAUUUCACAUGCAAAUGUUAAUACGGUAAUAUAUUUUAUUCACAUCACUAUUUUUUUAAAACCCAAAAUUAAAGUUAAGUCAGUGCUCCACUACUACUCCACCUGUUGGUAA